UGCAAAUCCACGGCUCGAGGGCUAAACCUUCCAAUCCAGCCUCAGCCAGCGCCGCGCCGAUGUGAAGUCGCCCCCCAGCUCUCGCACACAGCCGCGCAUACACGCACACGCUCCCCGCGGCGAGGGGAGGGCGCCGGGGAUCGCAGCCCAGGUGCCAGCGCCUCCUCGCCCCGCCGGCCACUGCUGGGCGGCCGCGGCGCAGCAGCGCCGGUCCCCGGGGCACCGAGAGCCUGCUCUGGGACGGCGGGGUGAGGGAGAGCCGAGGAGCGGAGCUGCCGGAUCCUCGCCCUGCGGAGCCCCCAGGAUUACAAGGAAUUGCGUGCUGCUUCCCCAGACGUGAGCGGGGGUUAUACCAAAGAGCCAACCUCCUUCGCGCCCUGCUGUCCAAAUUAAUCCCUUGGACCCUUGAGAAGACAGGGGGUUUUUCGGAACCAUGGCAUCGACAGAAGGUGCCAACAAUAUGCCUAAGCAAGUAGAAGUCCGGAUGCAUGAAAGUCAUUUAAAUCCAGUGGAGCACAGAUCCAAGAACAUAUGUGUGCAGUUCUGCCAGUCCCUCCACAGGAAUCUGCUCCUGACUCUUACUGUGUUUGGUGUUAUCCUGGGUGCAGUGUGUGGAGGUCUUCUUCGUCUAGCAACGCCUAUUGACCCUGACAUCAUCAUGUUAAUAGCCUUCCCAGGAGAUAUUCUUAUGCGGAUGCUGAAAAUGCUGAUCCUACCUUUAAUUAUUUCCAGUUUAAUCACAGGACUGUCUGGAUUAGAUGCUAAAGCGAGUGGCCGCCUGGGGACAAGAGCCAUGGUGUACUACAUGUCUACCACUAUUAUUGCUGCAGUGCUGGGUGUGAUUCUGGUUUUAGCCAUCCAUCCCGGGAAUCCAAAACUCAAGAAGCAGCUUGGUCAAGGGAAGAAGAAUGAUGAAGUGUCUAGUCUGGAUGCCUUCUUGGAUUUGAUCCGAAACUUGUUCCCUGAAAAUCUGGUUCAAGCAUGCUUUCAGCAGAUCCAAACUGUCACCAAGAAAGUGCUAGUGCCACUACCUGUUGAAGAGCCACCUAAUGUCACUGAUUCUGCUAUUGCUAUGGUGAAUGACACAGCACCACCUGAAGCCCAAAUGGUCAUUAAGAAGGGACUUGAAUUUAAGGAUGGCAUGAAUGUCCUGGGUUUGAUAGGAUUCUUUAUUGCUUUUGGCAUUGCUAUGGGAAAAAUGGGAGAACAGGCCAAGAUGAUGGUGGAUUUCUUCAACAUCCUGAAUGAGAUUGUAAUGAAGUUAGUAACCAUGAUCAUGUGGUAUUCCCCGUUGGGUAUUGCUUGCCUCAUCUGUGGAAAAAUCAUUGCAAUCAAGGACUUAGAAGUAGUUGCUAGACAACUUGGCAUGUACAUGGUUACUGUGAUUGUGGGUCUUGUCAUCCAUGGAGGGAUCUUCCUGCCUCUGCUCUACUUUGUGAUAACAAGGAAAAGCCCAUUUUCAUUCCUUGCUGGAAUUUUCCAGGCGUGGAUCACAGCACUAGGCACAGCUUCCAGUGCUGGAACAUUACCCGUCACAUUCCGUUGUCUUGAAGAAAAUCUUGGCAUUGAUAAGCGUGUAACAAGGUUCGUUCUUCCUGUUGGAGCAACUAUUAACAUGGAUGGAACUGCCCUUUAUGAAGCUGUGGCUGCCAUCUUCAUAGCACAGAUGAAUGGAAUUGACCUGGAUGGAGGCCAGAUAGUUACUGUGAGUUUGACAGCCACCCUUGCAAGUGUUGGAGCUGCCAGCAUUCCCAGCGCAGGGCUCGUCACUAUGCUGCUGAUCCUGACUGCCGUGGGUCUCCCUACCCAGGACAUCAGUUUGCUUGUUGCUGUUGACUGGCUUUUGGACCGGAUGAGAACGUCAGUCAAUGUAGUGGGGGAUUCUUUUGGUGCUGGCAUCGUCUACCACCUUUCCAAGGCAGAACUUGACACCAUUGAUUCCCAUCAUAAAGGACAUGAAGACAUUGAAAUGACCAAGACUCAGUCAAUCUAUGACGACAUGAAAAAUCAUAGGGAAAACAACUCAAACCAAUGUGUUUUUGCAGCUCACAACUCAGUCAUGGUAGAUGAGUGCAAGGUAACACUGGCAACCAAUGGCAAAUCUGCAGACUUCAAUGUUGUUGAAGAAGAGCCUUGGAAACGUGAAAACUAAGUGAAGAGAUUCCUAGCUGCAUCUUUGGCAGAAGAUACCAUGAUUAAAGAAGAUUUCUCUUUUUUUUUUUUUUUUUUUUCUAUUUAACAUCUACAGUUUCUGCUUAAUUUCGUAACUGAAACUUAGCAAAGAUCUCAUCAAGUUAUUGUAGUGUCUUUGCCAAGCAAUGAUCCAUAGUCAUCUGUCUCCCUUGUGCUACUGUUUGGAAUGCACCUGGAGAAUGCUCCAUGCAGUGCAAUGUGCUCUCACCCCCUUCCCCUUUCAUUCAAGACACAGAGAAUGUAAAUGCUGCAAAAUGGGAAGAUCAAAGUGCCAGUACGGUUCACUACAGGGACUCAGGGUCACAGAUACAAAAGAAACAUAACACCACGUAAGCCUUCAAGCGUUUUGGUGACUCUUGUGGCAUACCUGAUCUGUUUAUCACUGUAUGGCUAAAAUACCUUUUGAAAACAUCCAUAAAGAUUUCUAUUUGUUUUGAUAAUAACAAGCACUGUACUUCUAUGCCUAGUUGUACUUUAAACUGAGCUUAGAUCCAGGAGCAGGAUUAAUGCAUAGAAGUCAAUAAAUUAUCCCAGACAUUUUGUUAGAUCAGUACAACUGAAACAGCAUCAAGAGAAGACCUUACAUUUGUAUGUGCAUGCAGUGAGUUUUUAUCAGAUGUCCCAGGGCAGGUGCAGUCUUUGUUUUAUGCUGGGGCUGUGCCGCUUUGUGACCACAAUGCACCAUACAGUACAAGGCAGUAUAAUUAUAGGGGUGGUAGUUCCUUCACUAAAUCUAUGGCUGAUCUGCAAAAUAGAAAAGCAUGGACUCAGUUGUGCCAUUUUUAAUCAAAGUAGGUGGUACCUUACUAUUCACCCUGCUCCACUGAUGUCGGAGGGGUUUCUUAUGAGGAUGGGAUACUGAAGUAAGGUUCUACUAAUAUUGGUUAUGGAUGUCAUGAUUGGGUACUUGGUAAUGAGCAGCAAACAAGUUCUGAAUCCAUUACUCUUACAGAAUUUUUGAAUGUGAACAUCGGUAGCAUUUGCUAUGAAGUGAGAGCCAUUUUUCAAGUAUGUCAUUUCAGAGAAUGGCUAAAUCCUGAAUUCAUUGCUAAACCAAAUUCCAUAUAAGGUUAAGAGAAUUUGUCCAGGGUUAGGACUGAAUGAAAAUGAAACCAGAAUUUCAGGAUUUAUGCCAGUAUGUUGAAUUUACAUCUCUCUCUCAUUUGCAGAGUAAUAAGUAUGUAACUCCCUAAUAUCAGAGAAAUAUUUCUUUGAGCACAUGGCAUCUGAAUUAAUGAGAUAGUGUUUGGUCAAUAUAGUAUAUCUGACUCACCCUGUCAGAAGAAAUAGCAGUGAGAAUAAACACUUUGUGAAAUUUUUUAAAGGUGCUUGUUAAUACUUGGCAAUCUUAAGAUACUGGUGAAUACCAUUAUACUGUUAGCAAUGUUCCAUAGCAAAGCUGAGCCACAUGACCUUAGAAGGUUCUACUCACAGAACAAACUUUUUGCGUUUUUGGGGGAAAGUCUCAGAACUUUUCAGAAUGAAUCAGAAUAUGAGCAUAUGGUGAACUUAAAAAUGGCAAGAAACAGAGUUCGAACUGGAAAUGGAAAUAGGCCAUUCAGUGUCUGUGCUCAGACCUGUCAUGGGUUUAAGGGGGGAUAAUGUGUUUAACUGUAGAGUGUUAUUUGGCUCUGUAGAAGCUAUUAAAGUAGAAAUAUAAUCUGCUUUUGUUCAUCUGCAUUCAUAUAAAUAUCUCUGAAACUGCACACGGACCUAAGCCAGCCAAGGCUACUUGCAUGAUUAAUGAUGUGCAAGAUCAAGUCCAUUGUGAAAGUCUCCAUCAUUUAAGCAUUUAUCAUGGAAUAUUUUUCUUACCACUGUAUUUUUGUCAUCACUAGAAUACCAUGGCCAAGCAAAUCCUAAGCAAAAUGGCCUAUAUAAUUUAACCAAUAUUGAACCACUGUGAAUUCUCUAGGCCUCUAACAUGUAUUAGAGGGGGGUGGCCUUUUCCAAAGGCCUCCUGAAGGAUCUUGAGGAUUUUUUUUUUUUUUUGUGAAGGAUGGAAUUGUAGGUUAUUCAGAGAAGUGGCAGGCAGGCUGUAUUCUCUUUUCUUCAGUCAUUGCUAUUAGCAUAUCCAGAGUUAAUCUCUGUCUAGCUAUUGCUUCCCAAGUAGCAAUCACUGGGUUAUGUGCCAGAAAUGUGCCUGGGAUGGCGUGAAGGUACUGUAAAAUGUUCCCUGCUGUGAGGGUGCUGGCUCUCAUCAAGUGAAAUUUGCUGUCACUUGAGUGGUAGUUAUACCCAAGAAUAACACAGCAUUUACCCCAAUUUAUAUCCAGCAUUCUUGAGCUGUUUCAUGGCAUAGCUCACCCAUUAAUAAAUGAUUUUUCUGCCUCUUCACCACAGCAGUUUCCUAGGAGCAGCCACACUGAUUGCUUGCAUUGAAAGAACUUUUAGAAAACAGGUCCAUAUACUUUUAGCUGUCAUUGAAACUGUUCAGCAGUUGGAAACAAACAGGAAUGUCAGCAACAUGUGACUAGGCAGCUCCACAAAAUUACAUAUUGAGAAACACUUAGAAUAUGCUUACAGUUAUCCACUUGGGAUGUAAUGUCCUUUGAAGAGUGCUUCUUUGGAUGUAGACUAGGGAAGGAAGGAAUGCAGUGCUAGAGAAACUCCACCCACAAAUGGGAGAAUAAAUUUGGAUCUUUUGAUAGGAUUAGAAUAGCAGACUGUGAUUUUAAAGUGGUAAUUCUGUAGAUACAGUAACUCAGGGAUUUUUCAAAAUAUAAUUACGAUGGUAUUUCUCUAUUUAAAUGUGGAUGUGGGAGAAAGAGAAAUGUUGGGUUUUGUAUAUUCCUCUGCUUGUAGCCUGACUGAAUAUUUAAUAUAGUGUUACUCCAGUGCAGCACUGUAUUAAAUCAUCAAAAAGCUUUCCAUUUCUGUGGGAAAAUGUAACUCACUCUUGGCUUUCAUUUCUCGAUUUGCUCAUUCCACAAGGCUGGGUUGCUACUUAACUAAAUAAACAGAAAAUAACCCAGGGACCAUCCACUUCAGCUAAUCCAAGGUUCACGUUUCAGCAGGCAGUGCUUUGAAGGCCAGCCUCCUUUUGCUUUCACUAGGAGUCUCAGUGCAUUAAUCUGCAUCUGGCAAUUUUUUUGUAUCUGCUCACCGUGCUGGGGUGGCAAAGUUAAAGAAAAAGCUCAGUGAAAAGUCAUUUGGUUUCUAGGUAGUUCGUAUUAACAUUGUUUUCUGCAUUUGGUGCUCUGUCACUUGUCUGUGCAGCUAUGAUAUCCUUUGGCCUUUGGAUUGCUGGCAGCACGCUGGCACAUGGAAGAGUUUAGACCAGGCAAAGACCCAGUUCCUUGCAUACAUAUUUAUGCAUUUGCUUCAUGCAUUUGCAUUUCAGUAGAAGUUGGGUCAGCAUUCUCAUAGUAUCUGUUCACUGAAAGCAAAGCACACUGUAUUGUUAGAACUGCAGGAGAGGUGGAGCACUUUGCCACUUAAAUUGUUUCUUCAUUGCUUUCCUUGGAAAACAACAGCUGCACCAGCCUUUUAAGAAAUGUGCAUGGGUCUUACAUGCAAAGAAUCUUCAAACAGGUAGGGCAGAAGCCACUUGGUCCUAUUACAAUAUGUGCUCUUUCCAUUUGAAAUGGUGAGAAACUUGGUAUAUCUUUGAAAAAUCGUUUGCAGUAGUAAAAACUGUGCCUGCAAAACUUUGGCUACGUGAAAGCCCCAUUGAAAUCUGUGGGAGUCACAAUGUUCCAGGAAAAGUCAAGUCCCUUCCUGGCUCUGUUAAGUUAUAAGACAUUUCACAAUCCCAUCCUAGGGAAUAGUUUUUAUCUGCUAUUUAUAAUGAAGUUGAUUUCCACAUCCAAAAGAUCUCUGCCAAGAUACUUCUUUUAUACUUAAUUGUUUCAGUGCUACAAGCCCAGCACUGAAUUUAAACUCAGCACAAAAAUAAGGAUCACUCUUAUUACAGAUUUUUCCCAUUUUUUUUCUGAGAUAUAGCUGAUCUCCAUUUCUUUAUCAAAGCGCAUGGAAUUUAUGCCACUUUUAAAAGUGGGAGUAACAUAGAUUUCUAACUUCUUUUCCAUCACUCCCAGGGCCACUAGUUUUCUAGCAGUAGACAUGCAGAAAAGUAGACUGUUCAUUUGAGAAGCUGAGGCAUCAGCAUGUGAACAAAUUUAUUCUGGUGACUUGCCUGGAUUUUCUUUGCUUCCUUGCCUUCACUUGUGUUAUUGCAGCCUUGUUGUAGCAACACAGCAGCAGUCGCACUAAUCCCCAUAACUGCAGGCAAUAUUAAACCUCCUUUCUAACAUCCUCUUCUCUCUUUAUUUUUAAAAAGGCUCUGAGCUUUAGUACCGGGCUCAGAAGAAUCCUUUCGUGGAUAUGUAAAGGUAGAACUGUUUCACAUCUCUUUAAUUUCCAUUCAGCUCUUUUUAUUGCUACAUUUGAAUUAAUUUACAGAAGGAUAAGGGCACUUUAUAAAAAUGUACUGUAAUAUUAUUCAGUUGAAUUCUAUGAGCCUGAAGGCUAUCUUGAUUUUAUUACUGUGACUUUUAAGGCAACAAUUAAGAUAUUUUUCAUAUUAGCCAUUAUGAUGGCCAUUGGGACAGUUCACCUCAGCUAUAAUUCAUCAUAUAAGAUUAUGUAGAAGCUCCUGUUCCCAGCAGAAAGCAUUCUUGGAAAGAUGAGUUAUUUUCUUCUCUCCAAUAAUAUUGGUGACUUUGAAGGGAAAAUAUUUACCCAGUUAUCUUUGUUUAAAGAAUGAUACAGAGAUUGUAGUUUCAAGUACUAAAAAGAACAAACAAAGGAUUUACAAAAGUGAAGUGUCAAAAAAGGCAGUCAAGCUGUAAAUGAAUCGUUCAGCUUUGCCAUACUGUUUUUGAAAAUGUGUUCUUGCUCAUGAUUUUCCUGAAAUAAUGUAUUUAGUGCAUACUCCUUCCAAAGUCAUCUAUCUUUCUUCCCCCAUGGGCACCAAGGCUGUGUCCCCCCCGACAGUGCACAGACUUGAGGCAGGACUGCUGGUAAAGCCCCCGGGAGCAGUGCCGGGUACAGGCCCUACAAUGGAUGCCUCCCUCAGAUUUUCCUUCUGGUCAUACUUUAUGUCCAAUGGAAAUCUGCUGCUAUGAACACUGCUGAUGCCCAGGUGCUGGUAAUUCUUUUCCUUCUCUUUUGAGCGGCUUCCCUGGCACAAGGUUCCGAAGAGCUGUCCCUCAGAGGUGCCCACCACCCCAGAGACAUCUUCCCCUGUUUAGGGGAAACCCAGUGACUCCCCACUAACGGAUUAAGGCAAAACUAACAGAUAAAGUGGUUGUGCAGUUGGAACUAUGAGUCUUACAAAAAAGCCGGGUUCAAAACAUGGGAAAAGCCUAGAGCACAUGAUUGAGCCACUGAGUAAGUCUCUACCAGUCUAGGAUGGAAAUAACCAACAACCUAAUGCAAGAUUUGGGGAGACAAGAAAACUUGUGAGGUUUCCCACUUCACCCAACCUUUCAUCCCCUUUCAUUUCUAACUCCAUCCUGCUGCAGAGCCAAUGCUGAUCAAUGCUAGAGCAUGCAGUCCUUCUAGUCUUCUACUCAACAUUCAGGAGUCCUGCAACUGUUUUUAAUGAUGCUCUGUGACACACGCCAUUGCACGAAGGGAAGCUGUCACAGGAAGCAUCACACAACCUGGAUUGUCUCGUACCUGUAUAUUACUUUGUACAUAAAUAGAGUAGUCUGCUGGAAUUUUUGUAUCGUUCUUUUCCAUUCCUUUUUCUACAGUUUUUCAAAGACUGUAUGCAAACUGUGCUUGCAUAUCCAUUUUUGCAGUCAGUAUUGUAGAUUAUAGCGUUUCCAUGUUGGUGUUUUGUAUGGACUUGUGACUUCUUGUGUACUACAAGUUGUCCUUCCUACUUAAAGGCAACUGCAUACACUUCCAUCCAAUAUAUCCUGCUACUUUCUUAAAUAUUUCUUAUUUCCUAUGACCCAGUAUGAACUUGUGCUUGUAGAAUGCAUCAGAAAAAGCUGAACGUAUAUUUAUAGUGUGAAAUAUUGUGUGCUCAACACUGAUUUAGGUAAGAAUAACACAGGGUUUAGGGGUUUGUACUUGUUCUCUGGAAACUACAGUGUAGACUGAAUUAAAUUACCUAGUAUCUGUAAUUUACAGACACACAAAUAUUUUCUUAGAAUAUUUUCUAUGGGAUCAUAUAAGGUAGGGAAAUAAUCCUUUAAAGGUGAUCAAUACCUUAGAACAGAACCGGUUUUCUUACGACAUUUAGGAUCAAUGAAAUAUUUUUUGUUAUGCUUGGUGAUGAAUUAUAGACAAAGCACAAAAUGCAAAAAGCAAAUAGGAGAUGUCCUUAAAUGCUGCAGUCCAUCAUGGAACAAUACUAUAAUAAUCUGAGCAAUCUUCUAGAUUGAUUGUCUCCGGCAAUAGUCCCUCACUUUUGUAAUUUUUCCUGAUGUUACCUUUGCCAAAUCCUGCAGUUCUUCCUUAGGACCUGUUAAUGUAUAACUGGCUGGCUCAGAAUGCAGUUUAUAGAAAACAUAUCUGAGUAGGCAAAAAAAUAUAUUGUAGGGUACCCCCUCCAUCUUGCUACAAAUGCAGUGCUUGUGAGUUCAGCCUGUGGAAAAAGUUCAGGAUUUUGCCACCUAAUUUUGCCUUCUUGAAAAAGGACCAACAGAACCACCAUGGGACCAACCUAAUUGGGUAGCAUCCAUACAAAUACCUCCUGUUUUCUUAAGUAUUUUUAAGAGAAUAAUCACUAUAUUUUUUGACCCAAAUGACAGUUACUUCUCAUUUUGGUAAAUUCUUCCCAUUAGGGAAAUACCUGUUGUCAUUAAGGCUGUGGCUAUAAUAAUUUCAAUUUAAUUAAUAAGGAACUGUUUCUAGAGGAAUAAAAAUAAAAUAAUAUAAAUACUCAUAACAGCUAUAUGACAAACAAAAAAAAAAAAUCUCCUAUGGCCUACUAGCUCUUUGUAAUGCAAAACAAAGAAAACAUCGAAUAGGAAGGACUGCUGUCCCAGUGUGACUGAUACUGGGUAUCUCUUCAACUAUUCAGAAAUCCGUGGGGCCAUGUUAUUCUGCUGAGGUUUUGGAGCCUAAGUUCCUAGUAGAUAUAUAUAUAUGUAGGAAGUGUGUUGGUAUACCCUUGUAUUUUGAUCUAUAUUGUAUUUUAAAUCAGAUGUAACAGGUAUUGACUUAAUAGGAAUCACAGGUAGAAUAGUGCUGAGUUACUAAUAGCUGUAAAACCUUAUUGAUACCAGUUUUGACAUUUUGUUGAAGCAUGAUGUCCAGUGCCUCUCUGCACUUAGUGUAGAUAAUGUAGCUAUCAACAGGUAAUUUCAGUGAAAUGGUGUAUACAGUAUGUGUAGCUUUAAAUUAAUUUAAUUGGUUUCUGUGUCUUGAGCCAUAGUAGAAAAUCAGACUGUGUUUUAAAAUUUUGUUCUACUUUCUGUUUUUCAUUUGUAUCUGGGUUUGUUUCUUUUUCUGUUCAACUGAUCAAGUUUCACAGCUUAGUAACUACUUUAUCUGUCUCUUAUGGAGUACCCAGUUUUAAUAACAUUCAGAAUCAUGUAUGCAGCCAGCUCAUUGUAAAUAUGUUAAUUUUAGUUUUCAACAAUCUAACCAGUAUGGUGUGUGUUAGAAGCUGCAUGUGUGUGGUUCCCUGGCAGUGAGUGAAAGUGAUCCCAGCAUAAAUUUGCUGCUUGGUGAACACAUUUGUUAUGACAUAAAGAAUUAAUGUUCACCUGGAAUGAUAAGUUUCUGUUUUAUUUUCUUAUUAUUUGCUUGAAAUGUUUGGACUCUUUAUCACCAGAAGCUUAGUAAGUCACCACUUAAAUUGGCACAAUGAAUGAGGGGAAGUCCAUCUAAGUGCAUUUCGGUUGGAUACCAGGGCUGCUUUUGGCUCUGUGCAUCAUUCAGCCCUUAGUCACGCCAGGGCAUCACAGGAUUCCUCUGAGUCACUUCCAGUCACUCCUCGACCGCAGAUGCCAGGAAAGCAGUGCAGUCCCAAGGCUGUGACUGGGCAAGCCUGCAGGCAGCUAGGGGCUGCCAGUUCCUUCCAGAGUGCCUGAGAAGUCCAAGUAGGAACCUCUCCUUCAUCCCCUUAGCAGGAACAGUCUCUGAGAAAGAUGAAUACACUCAUGGGCAAAGGGGCACUGUUUCUUUCAUUGUUAAAAAGGAAUACUAGCAUUUAUUUGGAAAGUACAUGCCAAACUAAAUGCUUCUAAAGCUACUGUGGUUGUACAGGUCUGUUAUUUACAAAAGUAUGUCUGAUCAUAAAAAAAGACAGAUCAACUGCAUAGUCAGUGGCAAAAAUCCUCUGAAAUCAGAACUACAGUUCGGAUCUAUGAGAAAAUAGAACCUUGCAUCAAGAAGAAGCUGAUUCAUUCCUAGAUACUCUGGACCUGGAUCUUUCAUCAAUAUAAUCACCCCCUCUAGGCAGAAAGAAAAAAAAAAAUUAGGCCCCAAAGCACAGAAACUAUCCUGCUUGGUGAGUCACAUUAUGCUUCAGGAUGAAUUGCACACUGGGGUACUCUGUGCUGCCUGCUCAUCAUCCCUUGCUCCUUCUUUAAGGUGACCAGGCAUGAACUGGAAUGUUUUGCAAUGUUCUAUUGCAAAAAGGGUUAAAAAAAAAAGAGGGAUAAGGCUGGUCUUUACACUCAGAAAGUUCCAGAGAUUUUGAAAUUAUGUACUGUACAGUAUCUAUAGCACAGUUUGUUUAGAAAUUAAUAAAUGCAGAUGAUAAAAUUUCUCCCAACCCUGGGCUCUGCUCUUGUAUAUUGUAGUUGGAAUGCCUUGUUGACUGAUUCUAUUUUUGUAGUUCAGAUCCUUUCCUCUUUACAAGGAUUGUUAGUCAUUUGCUUUUAAUGCUUUCUUACAGAGUGAACUGAUUUCUGUAACUUUCAUGUAUAAAACAAACUAGACAUUCUUUCUAUACUGGAAAUAGUCAUGAAUAUAAUAUUUAACUAAGUGUUGUAUCUCUUAUGUACAUAUCAUCAAUAAAUGUCUAUUCAUAAUUUUCA